AUGGUGAGCACUAAAACGAAGAAAGGCGAAAGCGGCAGCAGCAAAAAACAGAUUACUAAUGAGGUUGUCACUCGUGAAUAUACAGUUAAUUUACAUAAACGAUUGCAUGGCGUAGCCUUCAAAAAGCGAGCACCACGUGCAGUUAAAGAAUUGAAAAAGUUUGCCGAAAAAAUGAUGAAAACACCUGAUGUUCGUAUAGAUUCAAAAUUAAAUAAGGAAAUUUGGUCACAAGGAAUUAAUCAUGUUCCUUAUCGUGUUCGAGUUCGUUUAGCUCGACAACGUAAUGAAGAUGAAGAUUCACCACAUAAACUUUAUACAUUGGUUACAUUUGUUCGAGUACCUUUAUUUAAAGGAUUACUAACAACCAAUGUUGACAACGAGUAA